AUGGGAGGUGCUGGGUGGCGGAAGGACACAUCCGACUGGUUGGAAUCAGCUAAUGGAUCUUCCCCAGUGGAUGCUCUGGCCCUGGAGUCUGCCAGCAAGGAGGCCUAUUUCAGCAGAGUAGAAACCUUCACCCCUCUGAAGUGGGCAGGGAAGCCCCACGAGCUGUCCCCCCUGGUUUGUGCCAAGUAUGGCUGGACCAACGUGGAGUGUGACAUGCUGAAGUGCUCCAGCUGCCAGGCUUUCCUCUGUGUCAGCCUGCAGCUCAGCCUUGACUUCACCAAGUACAAGGAGCGCUGCGUGGAGCUGAAGAAGGCCUUGUGCUCUGCUCAUGAGAAGUUCUGCUUCUGGCCAGACAGUCCCUGCCCAGAUCGUUUUGCCAUGUUGCUGGUGGAUGAGCCCAGAGCCCUUCUCCAGGAUUUCCUGGAUCGCUUUCGGAGCCUGUGCCAGCUGGAGCUGCAGCUGCCCUCCCUCAGGCCAGAAGACAUGAAAAACAUGUCCUUGACAGAGGAAAAGAUCACCCUCCUCCUCCAGUUGAUUGGGGAGGAGCUGGAGCAGAAAAGGGAGGAUGAGAAACCACCAAUGAAGUUUUCCACAGAAAUGCUGCCAGUGCAUGUUCCUGCCUGCAUCCUGGCUCUGUGUGGCUGGACUUGCAGCAGCACCCCUGGCUCCACCCCUGGCUCCGUGCACCUCUCGGUGAUCACCUGCUCCCGUUGCAUGAGGAAGGUGGGACUCUGGGGCUUCCACCAGCUGGAGUCUGGGGGCCUGGAGCUGGACUCCUGCAGCCCCAGCAGCGCCGCGCCCGCCAGCGGCUGCGGGCUCCCGCCCACCCCUCGGAUGCUGACACGGAGCCAGGACACACUCCCUCCAGGCUCUGAGCAGGAGAAGAGCCCAUCCCCAUCCAUCCCUCGCCCACGGGGUUGGGACUCUCCCAUCCCCAUGGACAGGAGUGACCUGGAGGUGGCCAGUCCCACUCUGAGGAGCCGCCCUGUCACCCGCAGCAUGGGACAAGGGGACAACGUGGAGGUGCCAUCCAGUCCUCUCCGUAGAGCCAAGCGGGCACGGCUCUGCUCCUCCAGCAGCUCAGACACUUCUUUGAGGAGCUUCUUUGACCCCAGCUCACAGCAUCGUGACUGGUGUCCCUGGAUCAACACUGUGGAGGGAGGGGAAGCUCUGGAAGACACCACAGCCCAGGUGGAGAAGGAGCCUGUGAAGGCAGAGCCAGGCUGGCGAGUGGUCAUGGACACUCUCCUUGCCACCAGGAAGUGUGACAGAGUGCCUGAGACAGAGCCUGUGAGUCUCUCAGUCAAGUCCUCCAAGGUGUUCCGCAUUUUCCGGCAGUGGGAGAGCAUGAAUUCCUCCUGA